UUUACAUGUGCCCAGAUUUUCCCUGUAUUCCCUGUAUUCCCUCUAAAGUAAGCCUACACAUACAGGUUGGGCAGAAUAACAAUGUCUCGAACAAGGAAAGUGGACUCAUUACUGCUACUGGUCAUACCUGGACUGGUGCUUCUCUUAUUACCCAAUGCUUACUGUGCUUCGUGUGAGCCUGUGCGGAUUCCCAUGUGCAAAUCUAUGCCAUGGAACAUGACCAAGAUGCCCAACCAUCUCCACCACAGCACUCAAGCCAAUGCCAUCCUGGCAAUUGAACAGUUUGAAGGUUUGCUGACCACUGAAUGUAGCCAGGACCUUUUGUUCUUUCUGUGUGCCAUGUAUGCCCCCAUUUGUACCAUCGAUUUCCAGCAUGAACCAAUUAAGCCUUGCAAGUCCGUGUGCGAAAGGGCCAGGGCCGGCUGUGAGCCCAUUCUCAUAAAGUACCGGCACACUUGGCCAGAGAGCCUGGCAUGUGAAGAGCUGCCCGUAUAUGACAGAGGAGUCUGCAUCUCCCCAGAGGCUAUCGUCACAGUGGAACAAGGAACAGAUUCAAUGCCAGACUUCUCCAUGGAUUCAAACAAUGGAAAUUGCGGAAGCACGGCAGGUGAGCACUGUAAAUGCAAGCCCAUGAAGGCUUCCCAAAAGACGUAUCUCAAGAAUAAUUACAAUUAUGUAAUCAGAGCAAAAGUGAAAGAGGUGAAAGUGAAAUGCCACGACGCAACAGCAAUUGUGGAAGUAAAGGAGAUUCUCAAGUCUUCCCUAGUGAACAUUCCUAAAGACACAGUGACACUGUACACCAACUCAGGCUGCUUGUGCCCCCAGCUUGUUGCCAAUGAGGAAUACAUAAUUAUGGGCUAUGAAGACAAAGAGCGUACCAGGCUUCUACUAGUGGAAGGAUCCUUGGCCGAAAAAUGGAGAGAUCGUCUUGCUAAGAAAGUCAAGCGCUGGGAUCAAAAGCUUCGACGUCCCAGGAAAAGCAAAGACCCCGUGGCUCCAAUUCCCAACAAAAACAGCAAUUCCAGACAAGCGCGUAGUUAGACUAACGGAAAGGUGUAUGGAAACUCUAUGGACUUUGAAACUAAGAUUUGCAUUGUUGGAAGAGCAAAAAAGAAAUUGCACUACAGCACGUUAUAUUCUAUUGUUUACUACAAGAAGCUGGUUUAGUUGAUUGUAGUUCUCCUUUCCUUCUUUUUUUUUAUAACUAUAUUUGCACGUGUUCCCAGGCAAUUGUUUUAUUCAACUUCCAGUGACAGAGCAGUGACUGAAUGUCUCAGCCUA